GCGGCGGCGUAGAGUGCGCUCUGUGCCUCUGUGUUGGCUCUGGUGGGAUGUAGACAGUCAGUAGAGAAACAACCAUAUAAUAAACCAUGAGAAAACCAGGAAAUGUAUAUUUAAAUUUAACACAAUCAGUUUGAUAGAUUCUUUAAUCUGAAUAAACACAUAUUAACGAAACAAAAAGAGGAGUGCAGACCGAAAAUUUCAGAUAGAAUUGCGGAAAUAUAAAAAGUUAGGUUACGUUCGGAAAAGAGUGAAAAUUCUGUGAGGUGCAGUGCAAGAUGUGAGUGACACUCGUGUACCGUUUGUAUUUUGCUUCAGAAAAUUCAAUUUUUUAUGAGCUGAAGAAAACGAGGUUGAAACGUCAACUGUCAAAAAAGGACAUGGAGACUUUAGUGAAAAUGAAGGACGAGAAGUUGUCAUAAUAAUAAUAAAUAACAGUAUGAAAGGAAAUCGCGGGGGCGGGGCGGGGAGCAGCGAGACGGUGAAAGGGGCAAGUCCGGCGCGUCACUCAAUCGCUCGACGACGGCCGAGCCGACGACGUCGGACACGGCAUGACGAUGAUGCGGGACUGUGACCGACCAACGACGCCGCGCCGUUCAUUUAAUUAUUAUCCCGAGAGUGGCGUACUCGCGAUUAUUUAAUCAUGAGCAAUUCGCGAGUUGACCGUCUCCAUGACUCGUGAGACAUUUCGUCGUCUGAGAUAGAAAGAAGCGUGAAAAAUAGUGGAAUGUAAAUGAAAAAUCGUGUAUUGAAACGGUCAGGCACAGGAAGAGCAAAAAUCAAGAAUAAUUGCCGAUAUAAAAUGAUAGUGAGAUGAAUAGUUUUCGUCUUGUUUUUUUUUUCCCCUUUUAUUAUCGUGAAAGUGACUAAACACCUACACAUCUUUGACACGGAUUGCGUGCGCUCGAAUGUUUCAUACUGCGGUGACUUAUCAAUUGUUCGCGAAUAACCAAGUACAGAUGUAUAUGUAUAUACAAAAUAUUCGUAUAUACAGAUAGACAUACAUACACAUUUACCCUUAUAUGGACGUUACUUGGGAAUAAUAAUUAUUAUGUACGUGUAUAUACAGUGUUUCGUGUCGUUAAUAUAGACAUAUACGAGUAAUACAAACGAUUCCGGGCGAGUUUUCACGCCCAGGUGAGACAAAUAUGCGAUGGUCGGUCUACGCCUCCCCGCCGUUUUUCGCGGCUCACUGACGCCCGCCGCUCUUUCAUCUCUAGUUUUUGUAUGAUUUCCUCCUCCCCCCCCACCCCCCCGCCCCCGUUGGUUUUCAACAUUUUUGUGAGAAAAACAAAAUCACUGAAUAUCCAUUUAUCAUCCGACACUUCCGGUCCACAAAACAUCGCGAUUGAUUUGAGGUUAGGAAAGAAAAAACUUUGCUACUGUUCCACAGCACACGGGGGCCGUAUCAUCCUCUAAGAAAAAGACUUGAAAAAAAUUAACAAUCAUAAACUGUUUUUUCUUCUGGUUUAGUUGAAAAUUGAAACAGGCGGAGAAAGGGGUGUAAAAUAACCAAGAUGGCGGGUUCCUUAACGUGGUCGUGCACUUGUUGCCUAAGAUUUAAAUUCAGCCCUGAAGAGAUCGAGCAACGUUACAAGAGCCAGGAAAUCGACAGAAUGCUCGAAAAAGAUAGACAAGCGUUUCGACGACAGGUCAAACUGUUGCUACUCGGUGCUGGCGAAAGUGGAAAAUCCACUUUUCUUAAACAGAUGCGAAUUAUUCACGGUAUCAAAUUCGAGCCUGACUUAAUAAAGGAAUAUCAACAUGUGAUUUACCAGAAUAUAAUAAAAGGCAUGAAAGUGUUGGUGGAUGCAAGAGACAAGCUUAACAUACCUUGGGAGAAUCCUAAGAAUUAUGAUAUCGGUUAUCAAUUAUUGAAAUUCGAAAAUACUAUGAUUUUGGAUGCCAGACUGUUUUUGCAUUAUGUACCGUCUCUUCAGAGCUUGUGGAGGGAUGCGUCAAUAAGAAAAGCUUUCGACAGGCGAAGAGAAUUUCAAUUGAGUGACUCGGUGCAAUACUUUUUGGACAGUCUCGACAGGAUUGCAAGAGUCGAAUAUAUACCAACGCAUCAAGAUAUCUUGCACUGUAGAAAAGCAACAAAAGGAAUAUCAGAAUUCGUAAUACCAAUAAACAAUAUACCAUUUUUGUUUGUGGACGUUGGUGGACAACGCUCGCAACGGCAGAAAUGGUAUCAGUGUUUUGAUUGCGUCACGUCAAUAUUAUUUCUUGUUUCGUCUUCCGAAUUCGAUCAAGUUUUGCUUGAAGACAGGAGAACCAACAGACUUGAGGAGUCAAGAAACAUAUUCGACACGAUAGUGAACAACAUGAUAUUCGGAGGUGUAUCAAUAAUACUUUUUCUCAACAAGACGGAUUUGCUCGAGAGAAAGGUAUCGUCACCUGACACAAACGUCAGUUGGUAUUUUCCGCAAUUCACCGGUGAUUCACAUUCCAUGAAGGACGUGCAAAGUUUCAUACUCGAUAUGUUUGUAUCGGUAAAGAGAGAUCCGAGAAAGCCCUUGUUUCAUCACUUCACGACAGCGGUAGACACUGAAAAUAUCAAGGUCGUUUUUAACGCGGUGAAAGACACAAUAUUGCACCGAAAUUUGGAGUCGUUAAUGCUUCAGUAAACAAAAAUUCUUCAAAAAUGACGGACGAAGCGAGGAACGAGGAGUGAAAAAAACGAUUUUGUAGCGGUAGAAUUUACACUUUUCUAUGGACGAUAUUUAGAAAACAAAAAAUUCUUAAAAUAAGGAACCUUGGCAGGUAAGAAAGAAGAAUGAAAUAAUUUAACUGGAUGCGUGUAUUUAAAGGGUAAAAUAUUUCACUUUCAAACGCAUGUGAAGUAGCCAAGAAUUUUCUAUUAUUUUUCUUCGUUCUCGUUCUUACCCGAUACUUUUUGAUAAAAAUAUUGAUAAAGUUGAGGAUUUUGCAAUUUAUACAAACGCAAACAAUAAUAAUAAUAAUAUAUUGUGUAAAUAGCGACUCGUAUCCAAUACUUAAAUAUUUCAAGAUAUAAAUAUAUACAUAUAUACAUACAUAUAUGCCUCGGUAUAUACAUGUAUGUAUAUAUGUAUAAAUGUAAGGAUUUAUAUUUAUGCGUUGUCCAUAAUCUCUGCGAUGAUGAAUUUAUAUAUUUAUAUAAAAUAUAUAUAUUAUAUAUAUAUACAUACACAUAUACAUAAUAAAGUCUACGGAAAAAAGUAUGCGCGCUAUCUAAAAACGCCAGCGUUGAAAUUUUCAUAUUUGUACAGAUUGGUUCGUCCAAAAGCUUGUUUUCAUUACAAUAUUAUUACUAUUAUUAUUAUUAUUAUUAUUAUUUACGAAUUAUCGUGUGUGAAAAGUGAAAAAAGUUAUGAGGAAAUCUAAUAAUGCCGAGAUUUUACUUCUAUAUGUUGAUGAAUGAGAUUUAAUUUAUUUUUUUGAUUUAUAAUAAUUAUUUACCGCAUUUUGUUCUUCGCUGGAAAUAAUUUAAGCUCCAUCAGAACUGUGAAUAAUACUUAUCUUGAUCAGUUGAUUCGUCGUUGCGAUGCUAAUUAUCCAGCUGAAAAAGAGGAAAAUCACUGGACAAGAAAUUUCUAACGUUUUUUUGUCAAUUCAAUUCAAUUUGCAUUCUUCAAAUCUUAACGUAUACGAAAAAUACAUGUAAUCCGGUGCUGUUUAUGGGAGGUUUAGCAUUUUCCGAUCGAGCCAAAGUUCACUUUCUAUAAAGUUAUACACGAGAGUUUUGGUUUACUCGGCUGAAAAAUUGAUUGAUGUUGGUGAAAGAAAUAGUAUUAUUACGGAAUGGUUGCGCAAGUUUCCAGCAUAUUCGUCCUCGUAAACAAAACCGGAGCCAAUAAAUAUUUAUACUCGUAACGAUACGUGAAUGUAGAGAGAAAGAGAGACAGAGAGAGAGAGAGACCGCAAGAGAUGAAGAGAAGCAAAAAAAUAACAGAUUAAACCAAAUACUAGCUCCAUGCCAUAAGAGCCAAAUGAAACUUGUAACCGUUUUGUGUUCAAGAGCAGCUGUGGGCAAAACAAAAUUAAGUUCAAUAAUUGUUUUGCCACGAUGAAUGAUACGUGGUAGAAUAAGAUAAAAACUAUGCAAAACGGGAGAAAAAUACAACAACAAAAAAUCAACGUCUUAUAAAAAUGUGCCAGCCCACGUGUUUGUAAACGAUUAUUAUUUUUUUCCCGUUUACAUUAAAAUUAUUGAUUUCA